AUGUUGUUUUUACCAAUUCUAUUCAUAAUCAGCACGGGGGUUAUACCUGCUCUCUCGAGACCCAGCCUCAAUGUUGAACAAAGAACUCGAUCUUCUCUAAAAACCGGCCAAGACUUAGCCGACUCGAAUGGAGGUUGCACUUUAGUUCAUCACGCCCCCUCAGAGAAUGCGGCUGUCGGCCAUAUCGAAACGAGCGAAGGAGCGACAGAAAAGGCUGGCGAUUCGAUUCCAACAGACCAACUCUAUCGAUCAGCUGCGAGUGGCAAGGUUUCUCAAUCCCCCCCAGAAGAUGUCGGCCACUCUUCUUCCGAGGAGGAGAGCGGAUUAUCUUCGGAUGAUGAAGCCGGAUCGUCUUCGGAUGAAGAGAGCUCUAAAGAAAUCACCGAUGCAACCAAUCUACUACCUCGCAGAUCUCUUGGCCAGAAUUGCCUUCUGCUCUUCGUACUCCCAACCGCUGCUACUUUGUCUUUCUGGAUGCCAGUUCUCAAUUUGGUAUCAAAAUACAAGCCUUUUCCAUGA